AUGGUGACAACUCCUGCUGCUGCCUUUGAGGCCCUCAUGGAUGGAGUGACAAGCUGGGAUGUCCCUGAAGACCCCGUCCCCAGUGAACUCCUUCUAACUGGAGAGGCUGCCUUCCCGGUGAUGGUGAAUGAUCAGGGCCAGGUCCUCAUUGCUGCGUCCUCCUAUGGCCGAGGCCGCCUUGUGGUUGUGUCCCAUGAGGGCUACCUGCUGGACGCCGGCUUGGCCCCAUUUCUUCUCAAUGCAGUGGGCUGGCUCUGUCCCUCUCCUGGGGCUCCCACUGGAGUGCACCCAUCCCUGGCAUCACUAGCAAACAUCCUGCAGGGCUCUGGGGUUGAGGCACAGAUUCAGCCAGAACCGAGAGAACCCCUGGGGGUUUACUGCAUCAAUGCCUACAAUGACACCAUGACUGCAGAGCUGAUCCAGUUUGUGAAAUGUGGAGGGGGCCUGCUCAUGGGGGGCCAAGCCUGGUAUUGGGCCAGUCAGCAUGGUCACGACAAGGUGCUGUCCAAGUUCCCAGGGAACCAGGUGACCAGUGUGGCUGGUGUGUACUUCACUGAUACCUGUGGGGACAGAAGCCGGUUCAAGGUCUCUAAGAAGGUGCCCAAGAUCCCUCUCCAGGUCAGGUUUGGGGAGGAUCUCGGGCAGGAUCAGCAGGAGCUCCUGGAAGGGAUCUCAAAGCUGGACAUCAAGACAGGGGGAAUCCCCUCGCAGCUGCUGGUGCAUGGGGCCCUGGCCUUCCCCCUGGGCUUAGAUGCCUCUCUCGGCUGCUUCCUGGCAGCUGCCCGCUAUGGCCGGGGCCGUGUGGUUCUGGCUGCUCACGAGGGCAUGCUCUGUACGCCCAAGAUGGGGCCCUUUUUGCUCAAUGCUGUGCGCUGGCUGGCCAGAGGCCAGACGAGCAAAGUUGGGGUGAACACAUGUCUAAAAAAUCUGUGUGCCCUGCUGUCAGAGCAUGGCCUGGAAUGCAGUCUGGAGCCCCAUCUGACUGCUGACUUGAGUGUCUACUGUUGUGUGGCUUACAGUGACAAGGAGGCUAAGCAGCUGCAGGAGUUUGUGGCUGAGGGUGGGGGCUUGCUGAUUGGCGGCCAGGCCUGGUGGUGGGCCUCCCAGAACCCCGGCCGCUCCACUCUGGCUAGUUUCCCUGGUAACAUCAUACUCAACUGCUUUGGCCUCAGUAUCCUAGCUCGGACUCUGGACCCAGGCUGUUUCCCUGUCCCUACCCGUGAGAAGGAGAGCUACCACUUCCGCAAGGCACUGUCUGAAUUCCAGCUUAUCGUGAACCGCGGGGGUGGGAACCUGGAAAAGGGCUGGCUGGCCAAACUGGGAGCAGAUGGAGCAGGCUUCCUGCAGAUCCCCACAGAGGGGGUCCCUGCUUAUGCUUCCUUGCACCGGCUCCUGAGGAAGAUGCUGCUUCUGUCGGGCCUCCCAGCUGUGAGCAGGGAAAAGCCAGUUGCCAGUGACUCCUAUGAGGCUGCACUGCUCUGCCUGGCCACAGAGCUGGCACGCUCCGGCACAGACUGUUCUCAGCUGGCACAGGGGCUUGGAACCUGUUCUUGCAGCUCCAGUUCGUACCCCUCAGAACACGCCAUCACAGUGGAGAUUGAUGGAAACAACCCAGGCAGCGGUGAUUCCUGGGUGAGUACAGGGCUCUACCUCCCAAAUGGACAAAAUGCAGAAGUGUCCUUGUCUGAAGCUGCAGUCUUUGCUGGCCUGAAGGUACAGAUUGGCUGCCACACCGAUGACUUGACGAGUGCCAGCAAGCUAUCUCGAGCCCCUGUGGUGACUCACCAGUGCUGCAUGGAUAGGACCAAACUGUCAGUCUCCUGCCUCUGGGGUGGCCUUCUCUAUGUCAUCGUGCCCAAGGGCAGUAAACUGGGCCCCGUGUCCGUCACCAUCAAGAGGGCUGUGCCUGCCCCAUAUUACAGGCUGGGUAAGACAUCCCUGGAGGAGUGGAAGAGGUGUAUCCAGGAGAGCACAGCUCCCUGGGGAGAGCUGGCAACAGACAACAUCAUCUUGACGGUGCCAACUGCAGACCUCCAGGCCCUGGAGGACCCCGAAUCUUUACUCCACCUCUGGGAUGAGAUGAUGCGGGCUAUAGCCAGGCUGGCAGCCCAGCCCUUUCCUUUCCUCCGUCCAGAGAGGAUUGUUGCUGAUGUGCAGAUCUCAGCCGGCUGGAUGCACUCAGGAUACCCUAUCAUGUGCCACCUGCAGUCGGCGCAGGAGCUCAUCAGUGAGAUGGGCAUGAGAAGCAGAGGUCUGUGGGGAGCCAUCCACGAGCUGGGCCACAACCAGCAGCAGCACGGGUGGGAGUUCCCCCCACACACCACCGAGGCCACCUGUAACCUCUGGUCAGUCUAUGUGCACGAGACGGUCCUGCACAUCCCCAGGGCUCAGGCCCACCCAGCUCUGAGCCCUCCAGAACGAGAGAAAAGGAUCAAAACCCACCUGGGAACGGGAGCGCCCCUGAACGACUGGAAUGUGUGGACAGCUCUGGAAACGUAUCUAAAGCUCCAGGAGGCCUUUGGGUGGGAGCCAUUCACCCAGCUCUUUGCUGAGUACCAGACCCUCUCUGGCAUCCCCAGAGACAACACUGGCAAGAUGAAUCUGUGGGUGAAGAAAUUCUCUGAAAAGGUGCACAAGAACCUGGCUCCGUUCUUUGAGGCCUGGGGCUGGCCUGUCCAGAAGCAAGUGGCUGCGAGCCUGGCCUGUCUGCCUGAGUGGCAGGAAAACCCCAUGCAGGUGUACAUCCAGACUGAGGACUAA